UCAAUGUUAUUUUAAUUUUGUGCGAUUGAAAAAUGCGCUUUUUAAAUUUGUGCAGAGUUAUGUGAAAGUAAUAUUGUAAUAUGUUGGUGGAAAUGUUGGGCCGCAAGUGUAUUGAUUAUUUCCAUUAGGUACUAAAGCGCAGAUCGAUAUGUUCCGCCUGCACAAUGUAAACACUUGAUGGCUGUUUUAUUAUUAUUUUUGAAUACAUCGGCAGGUAAACAACAAUGGCAAAGUUCCGCAACAGAAAUAUAAGAAGUAAAUUCCACGUGCCGUCUGUUGAGGACAAUCGAGAGGAUGCGUUGGAGACGAGAAGGAAGGAUUGGUAUCAUGUCUCGAGUUUAUCCUCCUUUGAUAGUUCGGACGCUGAAAUUCUGGACGAUUUCGGGGACAGCAGGAACAGUUUCGAUAAGAGCUCCAACAGUUCGAUUAGUUGGGCCGAGGAUUACGAGCAGCAGGCCACCGAGAUCGUCAAGAAGGAGUACGAAAGAAUGGAGAGGAUCUUACAGUGCUUGGAGCCGAUUCCUCCGCAUUACGACAGAGAUGAGUACAAGUUGUGGAUCAAAACGUUUCCUUGUUUAAAUUUGACCGGUCAGUCACCAUCGGAGAUUGCGUACAAGACAAAGCUGCUGAUCUCGCCGCGCGAACUCAACACCAAUAGAAUCUGUGAUAAAACUACCUCCGCAGUAUCAUCGAACAUCUCCUCAACAUCUUCUGUGAUAGACAAGCUGCUGGGUGAGCUGUACCCGACUAAGAACUCGAGCUCGAUCUCCUCCAGGCAGUCCAUCAACAACACAUUAAAUCCGAGGACGCUCAACAUAAAGUUCGAUAGUUUUUUACAAAUCUCGCCGGUGAUGCCGAAGAUAGAGUCCUCCACAUCGCGAACUGAGACAUGGCUCUCAGAGUCCAACUUCAAAUCGCUUCCUAAUAUACCAUCUCCUGUGAAGAAACCUACACGUCGGAAACGUUCCUCUUACCAUUCCAGUCCUACUGAACGGCCAGAUGAUAUCGGUUCAGAUUUCAUUAUUCUGCCACCCAUAGAGAACGGAAUUACUACCGCUCAAGAUAAUAGGUCUGUGUCGGCUAUCCCGCAUCACCGAAACAAUAAUACGGAAUUGUUCCUCAAAGGAAACCCUUUUACUAAAUUUAACAGCCUUCGAAGAUCCCAAAGGCAGGACAAUCUAAUUUACGAAUAAUCCUGGCAAACCUACAGUCACGCCUUAUAUAACUUUUCCUAAUUCAUCGUUUGUACAGAUUCUUAUUUAUUAUAUCAAAUAAAACUAACAUGUUUAAUUAAUAU